GCUCCUAGACUACCUACACACCCUUGUUGAUGUCGUGUUUUGGCAGGUUGCUGGUGCUGCUGCUGGUGGCAGCAGCGGGGGCGGAGGAGGUGGCGUUCCCGCGGGAGGCGGUGCAGCGCGCCGCGGACGUGGGACUCAGCCGCAUGCGCUACCUCGUUCAGCAACGAGAGCCCAGCCUCUACCGCAUGGGCAUGCGCGUGGAGCGCGGCUCUCCGGCGCACUACGUAUCGGCGUUCAGCGGUCCGGCCACCGAGCGGGCGCAGCAGCUGGCGCGCUACGGCUACGCCGCCAUGGAGGCCGCGGCCGAGCUGCUCGCCAACCGCAGUCUCCACACCCACAGAGGAUCACGUGGCUGGAGCCAGCCGCCACAGCUAUGGCUGGUGUCUCUGCGCGACACGGCGCUGCACGACGGCUGCCCCGCAGCUCGACCCCCACCCUGCCCAACUCGCGCACACCUCAUCCGCACAGUUGAUGGCCGCUGUAACAACCCUGCCCACCCCACAUGGGGCAGUGCACUACAGCCACUGCGCAGACUUCUGCCACCUGCAUAUGCAGACGGGCUGGAGAAAAUUCGGCAGUCAGUGAGUGGAGGUCCACUUCCAAGUGCAAGGCUGGUCAGCACUGCAGUCCAUUCAGACAGACAUGUCAACCUCUCAUCUAUUACACACAUGCUUAUGCAGUGGGGACAGUUUCUUGAUCAUGACCUCACAGCUUCUUCACAAACAAGAGGAUUCAAUGGAUCAGUUCCUAAAUGCUGUUCAGAUAGAGGGCACAGUUUUCUGCCUGAAAACCUUACACAUCCAGACUGUCUCCCAAUUGAAGUGCCACCAACAGAUUACUUCUACCAACGCUAUCAUGUGCGUUGUCUGGAAUUUGUGCGUAGCAGUGCUGUCCCUAAGGUAGACUGCUCACUGGGGGCUAGAGAUCAAAUAAAUCAAGUCACAUCAUUCCUUGAUGCUUCUAAUGUCUAUGGAAGCUCUGAAGAUGCUGCAUCAGCACUUAGACUUUAUCGUAAUGGAUUUCUGCGCUACACACGGAUGCAGUCACGUUUACCACUUCCCCCACCUGCCACAGGGCACUCAUCCCCUGAACUGUGUCGUUACAAUUCUGGUGUUCGCUGCUUCAGUGCAGGAGAUCAUCGUGUUAAUGAGCAACCAGGACUUAUUGCUAUGCAUACUCUAUGGCUGCGUGCACACAAUAAUUUGGCUACAAAGCUCAUUGGUAUAAAUCCACAUUGGGAUGAUGAGAGGAUUUAUCAAGAAGCACGAAAGAUUAUCGGUGCUAUGAUGCAGCAUAUAACAUAUAGAGAAUUUCUGCCUAUUGUGUUGGGACAAGAUGUGAUCAAACUUUUUGAGCUGAAUCUGACCCAGAAGGGGUACUACAAGGGUUACCAUAUAAAAGUGAACCCAACAGCACUGAAUGCAUUUGCCACAGCAGCUUUUCGUUUUGGUCACAGCCUGGUGCAGCCAAGUCUUCUUCGUUGUGACAGUAGACAUAGAUUAUUGCCUUUCAAUGCUUCACUACAUGAAGAACUUACUGUUCCAACAGAUAUUUAUAACACAGGAUCAGUGGACCAAUUAUUACUUGGUAUGUGUGUUCAACCUGCUCAGAAGAGGGAUGAAUACAUCACAGAACAACUUACAAAUCAUCUUUUCCAGACACCAUCUUAUCAUUAUGGAAUGGAUCUGGCUGCACUCAACAUACAAAGAGGUCGUGACCAUGGCCUUCCACCAUACAACAGCUGGAGAACACGUUGUGGAUUGCAGUCAUUCUCUGACUGGGACCAGCUUCUCAAAGUCAUGUCUCCUGAAACAGUGGUGAAACUUAGAAAGGUUUACAGUGAUACAGAUGAUAUAGACCUGUUUGCUGGUGGCAUGGCAGAGAAACCAGUUUAUGGUGGUCUAGUGGGGCCAACAUUUGCAUGCAUUAUUGCUCAACAGUUCAGUAAUUUGCGUAAAGGUGACAGAUUUUGGUAUGAGAAUGGAGGAUUUGAUUCAUCACUCACACUGCCACAGCUGCAACAGAUACGGCAUGUAACGUUAGCUCGUGUUCUCUGUGAUAACCUUGAUACAAUUGAUACAGUGCAGCCUUUUGUCUUUCUGGCAGCUGAUAAUGAUCGGAAUAGACAUGUACCUUGCCAUAGUUGGCAUAUCCCCAAGUUGGAUCUCUCACCAUGGAGGGAGCAUAACAAGAAUGAUAAUUAUGCAGAAGAAGAAUACACUCUUGAACUUCCAAUCCGUCGACCUGAUGACAACUCAUACCUCAAACCUCCCAAGAACGGCAAUAAUUACUACAGUACAGAUUUGGACAAGUAUAAUUCACCCAAUCAUACAGAGACACAAGGAUACACUCCUGCAAAUCAUUUAAAACCAGACAACAUGCAAAGUCCAAGUUAUUCUACCACACAGGAAAAAUAUGGUUCUUCUACAGAUAGAGGAGAGAUCCUAUCAAAUUUUAACAAAAAACCUGAAGAACACUAUCAUCAGCCCAAUAUCAAGCUCAAUGAAGAGCCUUCAUUGCAUACACAAAACCACAGAAAUCCUAUACAAAUAAUUCCUGUUUAUCACUAUACAACCACACACAGUACUAAUCCUGACGACAAAAUUUCAUCAGCUCACAUUCACCCUUCUCAUAUAUCCCUACUGAACACUGUAAACCCUGCUGGAGAUAGUAAUACAGAGCGCAAUGGGUUACCAUUCCCUGACUCUCAUCUUUCUGGCAAUUUCUAUGUAUCUUCAAAGCUUGAUGAAGAGCUGUUCACUACUUCUAUGACGUCUCAACAGAAAGAACCAUUUAAACAUUCCGUACUGCAUCACACAAUUUCAGAAGGAACUUCAAAAAUGGUUACUGGAAGCAAUUCAUUUCAAGAAUACAAUUUAGAAAACUCUCAGUCAAGUCCUCUUAAAUUACACUUAUCUACUACACAGACAGGCCAACGAUACAGUUCUAAAAAUAACAGUUUCUUACCUCUAACAUCAGGUCCUGAAAAGCCAUACAUAGAAGAAGAUUCAUCCCUUCAUACGAAAGGAACUGAUUGUGGCCAUAACAGUGCUGCUGAUAUAGAAACUGAUCACAAAGAGACUAAUAAGAGUGAAGUACAGAACCGCAUUACACAUAAUUUAACUACGCAGAACAUCCCAUCUACAGAAAAAGAGACAGCCACACUAGGAGAAGACUCUACAAGAACCACACUUUUGAAAUCUAAAGACCCCUUAUUCAGCUUAGCAAGAAAGGAAACAGAACUUCCUAGCAGCAGGUUGGGGGAUCUUUGUCCAGAACAUCUGCAGCAGGAAUUUAAUGGUGAGAUCCCACUACCAGCCAGUGAUCCACUGUCACUACAGGAGUUCCCUCAACCUUUGCAAGAAAAUUAUGAUAUGGUAGAGGAGGAGUCAAGUGCACAUGGAUCCUGAAAACAGUGCAUUUUCCUAAUUUUUACUAUCAUCAUGAAGUGAAAUUCACCACAACAUAUCUAUACAUAUCACUUGACUGAUCUCACAUUUUCAGAAAAAUAAACUGGAUCUUUGCAGAUAGAUGGAGUAAUAAGAGUACAGUAUGUGUCAAGGCUGUGAAUUUUUUAAAUUUAUAUCAAUAUUUGUCCACCACAAUUGUAAUAGUUCACAUUGUCAGUUGUUUCAACACACAGUAAUCAUAAUUGAGACAAUCAGCCAUAUUAAACGCAUAACUUACAUUGAAAAAAACUAUGAGGCACUGAGUAAUCAUAUAUUGUCCAAUAUAUGUAAAAAAUUGCAAGCUACUAUUGCAAUGGAUUGAAGGAAAGACAAAUAUUAUUACAGAACUGGUAUCCAUUAUUAACUGCAUAAUCUGUGGCUUAAAAGACCUUCAUAUGACAGACACAAAAUAUUCAGUAAUGACAGAAAAGUUUGUAAUCUAUCAUGACUGACACUGGAAUUAUACUAGACAUCUUGAUACACUAUCUCCUCUGUACCUACUGUUUGCAAAAACAAGAGCAGGGGAAAAUAAUCUUAUAAUAUCAGAAAAGGGAUCUGAUGACCUUGAUGUUUCAGUCAAUGUUAAAAGAAAGCGAACCUGAAGAACACAAAUAAAGAAGAGAGUUAGUACAUAGAUAGAUUAAAAUAGCAGACUGGAAUGUAUGUAUGUAUAAAAAGUCAAAUGAAGUUUUUGCUGUUGUACUGUUCAGUCCAAAGAGGGAUUGAUGCUAUCCUGUCCAAGCCUUUUCAUUUCUGUGUAACUACUGCAACCAAUAUCCUUCCGAAUUUGCUUGUUGUAUUAAUCUCUUGGUCUCUCUCUACAAGUUUUGGCUCCCACACAUUCCUCCAGUACUAAAUUGGUGAUCCCUUGAUGCCUCAGGAUGUGUCCUACCAACCAGUCCCUCUUUUAGUCAUGCUGUGAUACAAAUUUUUUUUCUCCCCAAUUCUGUUCAGUACUUCCUCAUUAUUUACAUGAUGUACCCAUCUUUUUGUAGCACCACAUUUCAAAAGCUUCUAUUCUCUUCCUGACUGAACUGUUUGUCGCUCUAGUUUAACUUCCAUACAAGUCUACACUCUAGACAAAUACUUCCAGAAAAGACUUCCUAACACUUAAAUCUCCAUUCAGUGUCAACAAAUUUCCCUUAAUUUUAUAUACACUCUACUUCAACCAUCAUCAGUUAAUCUGCUGCCCAAAUAACAAAACUCAUUUACUACUUUAAGUGUCUCGUUUCCUAAUCUAGUUCCCUCAGAUUCACCUGAUUUAAUUCGACUACAUUCCAUUAUCAUUGUUUUGCUUUUGUUGAUGUUUAUUUUAUAUCCCCCUUUCAAGAUGCUAUCCAUCAUCUUCAUUUACAUCCUCUUCCCUCUCUAUAAUAUUACCUUCAAGUUUAUUUCCUCUGUAUAGCCCUUCUAUAUAUUCCUUCCAUCUAUCAGUUUCCUCUUCUUUGCUUAAUACUUAUUUCCCAUCUGAACUCUUGAUAUUCAUACACCUGCUUCUCUUUUCUUUAAAGGCCUCUUUAAUUUUCCUAUAGGCAGUAUUUAUCUUUUAAUGAAUAUGAGUAGCAGAGAGAAAUUAUAUUACACUAAUCAAAGUACGAGAAACAGCAUGAGUAUUUAACAGUUACUAAAAAAAAAUGUCUUGUGCUUCGAACCACAUUUAUUUGAUGCACUUAAUUAUUGUAGGUGAUGCAAUAAAAUGUCUGAAUCAGGUAAAAGGUGUCUCCCAUAUGUACUUCUUUGACUUUAUAUCUGCAUUUUUUUCACACUUAUGGAACUGACUUCAAAGUUCACAGCAAUUUUAUUCUCAGGUCAGUGAAAUCCUAGCAGCUCUUGAUUCUCUAUGUUUUUUGUAUGGCCAACUUGAACUCCCCACUUGCCUGUUGCAUCUCUGGUAACUAGUCACAAUGGUUUGAGCACUCCAGUUCAAUUUCUAUUUUAUGUUCUAGAUUUAUGACUAGUUAAUCAGUUGAUGAAUUGAUCCUUUAUUGUUGUUUAAUGCAUUUUACCCUGCUUUCUUGUUUCUGACUACACAUAUAUUCAGAAUACAAUAAUAACUAUUUGAGAUAGAUGAUAUUACUACAAAAUAUGUUAUCUGUUUAUACAACUACAAUGUUUCAAAUCAAGUGCAACUUUGUGAUCAACUUGAUGGUUUUUUAUUAGCCAAGUUGGCUACAAAUAUGUCCACUCUGCAAGUACUGAAUUAAUCUAAUGGCAACAAAUGGAAAUCACAAGUAAAUUUUCUCACAAAUUCUAGUUCAAAGGCAAGAAGUUAUUGCUUGUUUUGUUAAUCAGCAUUUGGAUCACCAACAACUAUAACAACAUGGGACAUUCCACAACUAUCAGAAAAGUCCAGUGAAAACAUGAGAGACCCAAUGAUAAAACUACAGGUAUGCAAAUAGCCAUAAAUAUUAGAUCAACCAAAAACAAGGAGACUUUAGUCAGAUUACUCAUGUAAAAAUAAGAUAAAUUAGUAUCAACAUCAGUCUUAUGAGACUGUCACACACAGUGUAUCAACUGAAUAGUUCUCAUUUGUAGCAUGUUAUGAAUGAUUUAAAUCACAUCAAAAUUGAAUAUGGGCUGGAGUAAUCAGGCAUAAUUAAUGGUAUCUCACAAGCUACCCAUAUUGUGCAAGAAAGGAUACCUCCCUCAUCAUUGACAUUAGCCUACUCACAGAACACACAGAAUCUCAAUGAUUUUUCAAUCAGGAGACCAUAGAAGUCAAGGAACUUGUUCAAGUCUGCCCAUCCACUGAUCAACCUACCGUGCCCUAAGUCACACUUGAUCACGCAUAAAGAAAUAUACAGAUAUACCACUUUACAUCUCCCAAUACAAAUCAUCCACAUAAACAGUUAAUGUGUUGUGUGCUACACUAGGUCAAAAAACUUUCAAGAAGGAACUCCCUCCCUCCCCCCCCCCCCCCCCCCGCCCCCCACCAGCAGUUAUAACGGGCAGUCUCACAAUUUGGAAACAAAGCAUUUCCGGACCCAUGUUUAUCUCAACUUUCUCUUGCUUUUAUGUGAGGAAUAAAACACCUGCAUAUCAUCCAUUACGUUUCAUACAACUUACAUAAUAGUUGAUCACAAGCCACUUGAUUAAGGCUACCAAUUUAAAUUUUUGCAAUCAACAAAAUUAUUUGCUGUAAAAUUUUCUAUGGCAGUUCUUAAAACUCACAUUUUCUAUCAUUUCAUGCAAAUGGCAGGAUGAUUAUUUUAAACAGGACCAUGGUUGAUUCCUCCUCCAUUCUUAUCUACCUCCACCUUCAAAUGCCUCAGUGUUGAUGGGACAUUAAACCUUCCACACACUUCACUAUAACCAGUAGUAUUAUUCAGUGGCACGAUAAAUGAGCAACUGAUAAUAGUGAACUGAAAUAUGUGACUAACUCUAGCAAAAUUUCAUGACCUUGGUACUGACGAUAUGACAAAUGACAUCAUUAUGCAAAAGUAUAGUGGUACACGACCUUACUGACUAUCAGAAAUAAAUGAAAUGUAACAAUAUAAGGAAAAGAAUAGUUGCUACUCAUCAUAUAGCGGAGAUUCUGAAUCGUAGAAAAGCACAAGAAGAAGACUGUCAGAAAGUUAGCUUUCGGCCAACAAUGCCUUUAUCAAAAGUAAACAUCAUACACACACACACACACACACACACACACACACACACACACACCACUCACCCAUACAUGGCUGCAGUCUCUGGCAGCUAGACCUAGAAAUGUAAUCACUUCUGACAAUCAAAACUUUGACUGAAUUAAUGUGGCCGCACACGCACACACACACAAAACUCUGUACAACCAACAAAAUUCAGUUCAAGGCAAUUGUUGAAUAAAAUAGGUAACAUCAAAGACUUCAUAACUAUCAAGAUGAUGAGUGACUCACAAUGAUACAGGAUAUUAACUGACAAUAAAGCACACCAGCUGGGAUUUCUCAAUUCUUCUGUCUCAGUGCCUUAUAGUUAUGAAAAACUUUUUGUGGUGGGCUAAUAAAUAAUUAUUAUAUUUGUAUCACUUUGUACAGUAUACAAUACUGAAUGGUGUAAAUAACUUUAUUAGUAAGAGUGGCAUGGAAAUAGAACUAGUCAACCAAUAUUGUAAAAACUGUUGUAAGUUCAUAGAUUAUCAAAUAAAAUGUUAUAUUAUUAUUAA